UACGUUUCCGCCCACAAACUCCAUUAAUAAAGAGAGACGCACGCAAAGUACUCCUCCACUUGGCAUUCACAUCCAAACAUUAACAACAAGUUAAGGAGAAGAGGAAGAAGCAGCCGAGAUGGCCGGAGCCGCGUCUUGGAACUCGCUGGCGCUCAAAUCGCCGCCGGCCGUGCCGGCAUCGCAACGCCGCGGCCGCCGCCCCUCCGCUGCCGCCCCCGGCGUCGUCGCCGCCGCCGGAGGCCGGCAGCCCUUCUCCUCCCCCGUCCCCCUCCUGACUUCCCGCCCGAAAACGCGCCGUGAUCUGCCGUUCCGCCUGCGGGCGGCGGCAGGGGACGAGGACUACGAGGACGAGUGGGGGAAGGAGGGAGCGGCGGCGGAGGAGUCGGCGGUGGCGGUGGCGGAGGGGGAGGAGAAGGCGGGGGAGGUCGGCGAGCUGAAGAAGAAGCUGAAGGAGCUGCUGUACGGGACGGACAGGGGGCUGAAGGCGUCGAGCGAGACGCGGGCGGAGAUCUUGGAGCUCAUCACCCAGCUGGAGGCCAAGAACCCCACCCCGGAGCCCACCGACGCCCUCCCCCUCCUCAACGGCAAGUGGAUCCUCGCAUACACAUCAUUCUCGCAGCUGUUCCCGUUGUUGGGGUCGGGGAGGUUGCCGCCAUUGGUGAAGGUGGAGGAGAUCUCACAAACUAUCGAUUCGGAGAAUUUCACAGUGCAGAACUCAGUGCAGUUCACUGGGCCUCUUGCCACAACCUCUGUUUCUACCAAUGCCAAAUUUGAAGUCCGAAGCCCCAAGCGUGUCCAGAUCAAAUUCGAGGAAGGCAUCAUUGGCACUCCGCAGCUGACUGAUUCCAUCGUCAUACCUGACAAGGUAGAAUUCCUUGGGCAGAACAUCGACCUCUCUCCUUUCAAGGGCAUAUUCACCUCUAUCCAAAAUGCGGCAUCCUCCGUCGCAAAGACCAUCUCCGGGCAACCACCGCUAAAGAUUCCGAUCAGCAAUAGUAAUGCGCAGUCCUGGUUGCUCACUACCUACCUCGAUGAUGAGCUCAGAAUCUCAAGGGGUGAUGGUAACAGUGUGUUCGUGCUCAUCAAGGAAGGAAGCUCGCUUUUGAGUGAAAAUCGAGACCUCAAUCCCUAGUAAUGGUGCUUUAAACUUCGUGUAAAGAUUAUAUAUGUGUCGGCAACUAGAUGCCUGUUGAUAGAUUGUAUAUGUUUGCUUUUUGCGAGUGAUCGUACUUCUCUGUAAUAUGAAAUUGUUGAAUGGUAUAAUGCAUAACUAGUAUCUCGACAUAUGAAAAAGGGACGCUUUCGUAGCCCAAA